AGGAGGGACGCCAGGACGAUGGCUGGAGCCCAGGGACCGUGGCUGCCGCUGCCUCCCCUCUGGCUCUGGUGCUGGGUCCAGGUGCUGCUGGCUCCCCCAGGGCUGUGGCCAGCGCGGGCCUUCAACUUGCACUCGGACCAUCCCACCAUCUACACUGGGCCCAACCACAGCUACUUCGGCUUCGCCCUGGACUUCUUCCAGGGCAGGAAGGGCGGCAUGAGUGUGGUGGUGGGUGCACCCCGGGCCAACACCUCGCAGCCUGGCGUGGUGGAGGCUGGAGCCGUGUACUUGUGUCCCUGGGCGUCCGGCAGGACCCGCUGCAGCAUCAUCGAGUUUGAUCCCAAAGGGGACCAGGCCGAGACCAAGGGAUUCCUCCAGCUGAAGACGUACAAGUCUCACCAGUGGUUCGGGGCGUCCGUGAGCAGCUGGGGCGGCAACAUUGUGGCCUGCGCCCCCCUGCAGCACUGGAAUGCCUUCGAGGGCAAGGCCCAGGCCACCCAGACACCCGUGGGCACCUGCUUCGUGGCCACCGAGGGGCUGAGCCGCUUCGCCGAAUACGCGCCCUGCCGCUGCCAGCACAUGGAGGCCAUCUACCGGCAGAGGAGCUACGCCAACGACAAGCGGUACUGCCAGGUGGGAUUCAGUGCCACCGUCACCCACGCUGGCAGGCUGGUGCUGGGUGCCCCGGGAGGAUACUACUUUGUGGGGCUGAUCUACUCGGUCAAUCUGUCGGCAGUGGUGUCCCACGCCCACGCCGGCGCCCUGCUCUGGUCCGUGGCCCCGGAGCAGGUCACGGAGGACAUGUACGAGGAGUACGAUGACGCCUACCGAGGGUACUCGGUGGCCGUGGGGGAGUUCGAUGGGGACCCUGCCACGCCAGAGUAUGUCGUGGGCGUCCCCAACAAGAGAACCACCUGGGGGGGGGUCGAGAUCUUCAGCGCUAGGAGGUCUCUGGUGCUGGUACAGAGCAUCCAGAGUGAGCAGGUGGCGUCGUACUUUGGUCACACGGUGGCUGUUGCUGAUGUGAAUGGCGACGGGAAGGACGACAUCUUGGUGGGGGCACCGCUCUACAUGGAGGGCCGCUCCGACCGCAAGCUCUACGAGGUGGGGCGCGUCUACCUGUACCUGCAGCGCCGGGGCCCCCACCCCUACCGGCAGCCCACGCAGACCAUGACCGGCACCGAGGUCUUCGGCCGCUUCGGCACAGCCAUCGCCCCGGCGGGGGACCUGGACCAGGACGGCUACGUCGACGUGGCGGUGGGGGCUCCGUUCGCCGGGAGCGGCCGUGUGCUCAUCUUCAGGGGGUUCAGCGAGGGGCUCCGCACGCCGGCCUCGCAGGUGCUGGAGAGCCCCUUCCCCGGCCGGGCUGCCUUCGGCUUCUCCGUGCGCGGCGCCACCGACAUCGACGCCAACGGGUACCCAGAUGUGCUGGUUGGGGCGUUCGGCGCCAGCAAGGUGGCCGUGUACAGAGCCCAGCCCGUGGUGGUGGCCAGUAGCCAGCUGUUAGUGCCAGAUGUGCUGAACCCCGAGGAGAAGACCUGCACUGUCGACAGGAGCCCUGUCAGCUGCUUCCCCGUCCAGCUGUGCGUGCGCAUCAGGGGGAAGAGCCUCCCGGAGAGCAUGAGGCUGGCCGCCGACCUGCAGCUGGACCGGCUGAAGCCCAAGUCGGGGCGAAGGGUCUGGGAGCUGCAGACGCACCAGGCAGACCGGAGACUGGAGCUGCAGCUAUCAAGGGCGGUGCCACUCGCUUGCCAGAAUCUCACAGCCUACCUGCGGGACGAGGCUGAUUUCAAGGACAAGCUGAGCCCCAUCGUUGUGAGCCUGGCGCUGACCCUGGCAGCUGGGCUGGGCACCGAGGAGCUGGGACUGGUGCUCUAUGGGCAGACGGUGGUUCAGGAGCAGACACGAAUCGUGCUGGACUGCGGCGAGGACAACGUCUGCGUCCCAGAGCUGCGCCUUGCCGCCCGCACGCCCGUGGCCCAGCUGUUCAUCGGGGCUGAGAACGUGGUUCAUAUCCUGGCUGAUGCCACCAACGCGGGCGAAGGCGCCUUCGAGGCCGAGCUGCGGCUGCAGCUGCCACGCGACGCCCACUAUCAGAAAGCCACCAGCAACCUCCAGGGGCUGGAGAAGCUGAUCUGUAACCUCAAGAAGGAGAACGAGACACGUGUGGUGAUCUGCGAGCUGGGGAACCCCAUGAAGAGUGGGACCAAGAUCGCUGUGGACAUGGCGCUCAGCGUCAGUAACCUGGAGGACGCCGGCGACACCAUCGAGUUCCAGCUGCAGCUGUGGAGCAAGAAUAGCCACAGCCCCCACAGCAACAUGGAGCGGGUGCAGAUCCCCAUCAAGGCCGCCGCGCUGCUGGACCUGCGAGGGAAUUCGCUGCCAGCCACCGUGGUGCUGCCACUGGCGGGCUGGGAACUGGCGGAGGGCAGCCGCCGGCUGGAGGACCACGGGCCCAAGGUGGAGCACGUCUAUCAGCUGCACAACCAGGGCCCUGGCACCGUGAGCCAAGCGGAGCUGCGGGUGGAGUUCCCGAACCAGUUCCAGGGCGACUUCUUGCUGUACAUGAUGGAGCUCAGCACAGAGGGGAGGAUCAACUGCUCCAGCCCCACGGGGCUCAACCCUCUGGGGCUGGAGGGCCAGAAACCAACGGCCUCCCCUGGCCACAACAUGAGCUACCAGCUGGUCCACAGGCGGGAGCGACGGGAGGCGGACAAGGCCGAGGCAGGCCCAGGCACUCUCAGGGAGCCCACCCUGGUGAACUGCAGCAGCCAGGCCUGUGUGGCCGUGCUGUGCAAGGUGGAGAUGCUGGAGAGGGACCAGCGGGCCAUGGUGACUGUCCACUCCGUCCUGUGGAUGCAGAGCGUCAGGAAGGUGGGGACGCGGCCGGUCAGGAUUUUCCCAGCCACUCGCCCGUUCGCUGACGUGACAGGUUUUGUCGACCCUGGUGCAGAUUUGACCAGGCCAAGGCGAGAGUCCCUUGGAAACCUGCCGCGGCCCCAUGACCAGUUCAGCAUCCAGUCGCAGGCCUGGUUCAACGUCUCCGCCAUGCCCUACCACAUCCAGCCCGAAGUGCUGCCCAGCGGACACGCCACGGUCCACACGGAGGUGGUGCGGGUGAGCCCGGAUGCGGAGAAGGAGAUUCCCACCUGGUGGGUGGUGCUGGCUGUGCUGGCCGGGCUCCUGCUCCUGGCCCUCUUCAUCUGCGCCCUGUGGAAGAUGGGGUUUUUCAAGAGAACCCGGCCGCCCAUGGACGACCAGGAGGAGCUAACGAGUGAUGAGACAGGGGAGCCAUGCACAGGGAGGGGCCAGUAGGGGGGGGCCUCCCAAACUGGUCCCCUCCUUGCGCUCCCGUCCCUACCUCCUGCACAUGCAGCCCAUGCCUGGGGCCUGCGCCAGCCAACCGGACAGGCAGCUUUUCCUGUAGUGUGCACACCCUGCCCCACACCAGCUGAGGCUCCCCAGCGGUCUCCCCUCCCAGCCAAGGGGCCCGGGCCGUACCCUGUGGCAGGCUGUGUCCUGGUACCAGAGCAGGCACGGGCAGGGCUGGCCAGAGGAAAGUUCCCCCCCCCCCCCGCCAUGCCAACAGCUCAGCCCCAGGAUCUCAGUCCUGCCCCUGGCACUCAAGGGGGAGCUGAGGCAGCAUCACAGAAUCCAAGGCCAGAAGGGGCUGUUGGAUCAGCUCGUCUGCCCCCAGCACAGACCAGGCCCCCGGUGCUGAGCCCAGAGCUGGCAGAGACCAGGAGAGACCGAGCAGGGAAUUGACGAGGAGACAGAUCCACCCCCAGGGCUUCAGAGGUCCCUGCCCACCGUGGCAGAGCCUGCUGCCCAGCCCCACGCAGCCGGGUGCCCUGUGAGCAGCCUCCUCCUAGCACCACGCCGAUUUCCACCUCUUGCAGAGGCUGAUCAGCCCUGGGGGGUGGUCAAACAGCUGCCGAGCCCCCCCCCCUUGCAGGGCAGAGCACCAAGCCCCCAGCUGCACCCUUGGGGGAGACAUUCCCCCCACACUGCUCCUGCAUCACGGGCCCCGCUCCUGGCCAGGGGAGCAGGGAAUUGUAGCCUCCCUCCUGCUGCUUCCUGCUGUGCAAUAAAC